UGCACUGAAGGUUUAGUACAAGCGGGACGGUUCUACUGCGGGACAGUCUUCACUGUCAACUAACUGUGAAUUUGUACUGAACAGUCUUCAUCCAGAUGACCGUGACUCGAGAACGGCCGUUGACCUACGCCAAAAUGAGAGCGCUUGUGUCGUUUUUCUCAGCUCUGCUCAAAGGGAAAAAAGUUGGCUUCAGUGACUUCUUACACAAACGUCUUUCCAGUCAACAUCUAUGCCAACACCUGGACCCCCAGCAAAUCCUGCAGCCACAGUGCAAGCUGAGAGGAGAGGAGGGGGACGAAGGCACAGUGUGUCUUUUCUCUCCUCAGGGCUCAGAGAACACGCAAACCUCACAAACGAAACCCUCAGAUUUUGACUACCUCAAAGUCAUUGGCAAAGGAAGCUUUGGAAAGGUGUUGCUGGCAAGACACAGACAAUAUGGACGCUACUAUGCUGUGAAAGUGCUGCAGAAACAGAUUGCCAAAAGGAAAGAGAAGCAUGUGAUGGUUGAGAGAAGCGUACUACUGAAGGGACUACAUCAUCCAUUCCUGGUGGGGCUCCACUUCUCUUUCCAGACACCAAAUGCUCUCUACUUUGUCCUGGACUACGUUAAUGGAGGGGAGCUUUUCUACCACCUUCAGAGGGUGGGGAAAUUUCCUGAACCCAGGGCUGCUUUCUAUGCUGCAGAGAUGGCCAUGGCACUGGGCUACCUCCACUCUCUUGACAUCGCUUACAGAGAUCUCAAACCAGAGAACAUCCUGCUGGACAGUGAGGGUCAUGUGAUGCUGACAGACUUUGGGCUUUGUAAAGAAGGCGUGGCCAUAGGCGGGAUCAUGCAUACAUUCUGUGGGACUCCUGAGUACCUCGCUCCUGAGGUGCUACAAGGCCGCCCAUACAGUCCAGCAGUGGACUGGUGGGGCCUCGGCACUGUGCUUUUUGAGAUGCUGUAUGGACGGCCUCCAUUUUAUAGCCAUAGCAAAGCAAGGAUGUUUGAGAACAUAAUUCACGCUCCUCUGCAGCUGCGUAGUGGGGUGUCUAGGGCUACCCGCUCACUGUUGAAAGGAUUGCUGGAAAGAGACGUCUCCAAACGCUUAGGGGCGAGCCGUGACCUUGUGGAGCUGCAGGAACAUCCCUUCUUUGCAUCCAUUAACUGGGACGACCUCCUGGCCAGGAAAGUUAGACCUCCGUUCAUCCCAAAAGUGAAUGGUCCCUGUGAUGUCAGCUACAUCGACCCCGUGUUCACGCUACAACCUGUCCCUGCCUCCGUGAAUGAGAGGUGCCAGGCAGGCGGGGGCAGGAGCAGCGAGGCCUUUCAAGGAUUCUCCUUCACGAACCCAGCAGAGUACGUGGCAGCAGAGCCGGGUUCAUAACAACGCCAAAUCCUCUGGGAGCAUGUUUGUUCAAAUAUUUAUUUUUUAUGUCAUACAUUUUUAAAUCAAUGUCUAUUUUUAAACAUUCAAGCAAAAAAUUCUUACACUAACACAGUAACAUUGGUUUCGCUACCAAAUUAUAGCAUAUUUUUAAGUUAUGUUAAGUAUCAAUGUGAAAUAGGCUGGACCUAGCUACCUCUAUGUGUUGAAUGAUGAAACAAUAAACACUCAAUCUGAA